AUGCUUCAAGCAACGAAAACAACACCAGAAGACGCGGAGUUCACUAAUUCACAUUCAAUUCAACAAUUCCCGCUCGAUCUUCAACUUGCUAUUGUUUUAUAUCGUUUGCGUUCAUCAGGCGAAAAUGCGGCUAUUCGUAAAGUCGCUACAUCAUUUGCUGUUGGAGAUGAGGAAACAAUUUAUAAGAUAACCCGAAGAGUCUUUCGCUCCAUAUUGGAACUGCAAACCAAAUUUAUAACGUGUCCAGAUGUAGCUAAACGACAAGAGAAAACCUAUCAUGAGCUUCCACAUUGCAAAGGAUAUAUUGACAAUAUUGAAAUAAAACUUGUCGAAGCACCAGUGCUGAAGAUCCGACAUGUCGCAGUUGGUCACUUUGGAAGUGCACAUGAUGCUCGCAUGUUUCGUACAAGCGCUCUCUGCAUUCAAGAAAAUUCUUUAUUUUCUUCAGAACAAUGGUUAGCAGGCGAUUCUGCUUAUCCAUUACUUAAAACUCUUAUAACUCCGUUUCGGUCAAACUCCCAACAGCUUGACUACUCCAAAC